AUGAAGCCUGAAUUCUCUGGCGGUUUUGCAGCCCCGGUCUACAUCACCAAAUCUCCUUCGAGUUUCGCAUUCACUGCCGCAACUUUUGACCCAGUUUCCUCGUCCACCGGGGACGACGAAACAAAAAUUAAUUAUGAAGCUGAACUAUCUUCAUAUAUCAGCUCGGUAGAUUCUGAAACUAUACAGAAACGUGAUAUUUUUGGCAGAAACUUAUUACAUUGGCUUUGCAUAUCAGGAAGAGAUGACUUGUUACUUAAAUUAAUUAAAAAGAACCGAGGACUGGUCUCGGCAGCUCUUAUGGCGGUGGAAUUUGAAAAUGGUGGAACUCCUUUACGUUCAGCAAUAUGGAAUGGAAACUUUGGAUGUGUGAAGAUCCUACUCCAAUCAGAAUAUAUAGAUGUGAAAACUAGGGACGAGAUGUGUUCGAUUAAAGAUAGAGAAGGAUUAACGGCAAUUCAGUUAGGAUACGAAUUAUGCGACCCAAGAAAUUUCAAACUAAUGGCCAUGAGCAUUGGUAAAGAGGAUGAUCAUUAUAAUAACUCUGUUAUUGGAUUUAAUGUUGGAGAGAGAUUUCCUGGACCUGAUAAUGAAAAUAAUGAAGGUGAAGCCCAAAUAAAGGAAAAGAGUGCCUGUGGCUACUCGACAGACUGGUGGAAUAGCGAAAUUAGAGGGGCGGCAGAAAUUUUUACCCUUGGCUCAAAUGUCAAUAAUAUUUUGGGCUGUGGUGAUGCUGAUGAUAAGCUUAACAAUCCCCAUAAGGUAAAGCUUGAUCGCAAACACGGUCUUAUUCGCCCACGUGUCAAAGAGCUACAGAUUUCUAAGUUUCAUACAAUGGUAUUAACAACUGAGAGAACUGGCAACGUCUUAGUCUGUGGAACGAAUAAGUUUGGUAGAUUAGGUUUAGGUACUAAUGAUUUGGUGCCUAAGUACUCGUUCCAAAGGGUUGGAUACUUUGAAAAUCUUCACAUUGAGAUGGUUAGUGUCAGUGAAGAUCACACUUUAGCUCUUGAUUCAAACAGUAAACUUUACGCAUGGGGAUCUAACUCCUACGGCCAAUUAGGUUAUGAAACUGACUCAGAAUAUAAUAAUAUUCCUGAACAAAUUCUAUCAUCUGAGGUGAAACGAGCUCAAAUUAUUGGGAUUUCCAGUUCUAAGAUUCAUUCUUUAGCCUUUAGCGAUUCAUCAAUCUUCUUUUGGGGGUUGAAUAUCGGACAAUUUGGGGCACUAUCUAAUAGUAAAGCCAUUAAGUACAAAUCCCGUCGCAAUGCAAUGGUGCAAAAUUCACCUUUGAAAUUGCCAAUUUCUUAUGGUCCGAUAAAACAAGUCUUUGCUUUAGAAUUUGCUACGUGUGUACUCACUCAAGCGGGGGAUAUUCAUAUCUACAUGAACUCUUUUCACGCCAGGAUUGUACCUCCUUCGAGCGCUUCUGAAUUCAAUAACAACACUGGUAGACUCGGGAGGUUUGACAUGUUCGAACCACAACGAGUAAGUGCAAAAAGCACCAUUCGCAAGAUAUCGGGCAAAGGAAACUUUAUUGGUUUAUUAUAUGAAAAUGGUUAUGUGGUCACUUUUUCAUUGGAUGAAGCAUGGUCUAGUGCAUCUCAUCUUAUAUCAUCAGUUGAGUACAAUGUGGCUUGGGGUCCCAAAAGGCAUGGAAUGAUGGCCAUUGAUGUGGAUAUUGGAGCUGAUGGGUCAGUGAUUGUUGCCACAUAUGAAGGAAUUGUAUAUAAACGGAAAGGAGUAUUAUCAGUUGCGGGGGUGACAAAGAAUUCUAAUAAGCCUGUGAAAGCAUGCAAUAUUAACCGUAUUGUCAAGGUUUGUUGUGAUCCUUCCUUCUCUACAUUUGGGUUUCUCAAAGAUGAUGUGGAUUCUGUACCUUUGAAGUUGCGCAAAAGCUCAUUCUACGAAGAUAUAAGAUGCUUAUCCCCAUUGGCUUCCAAUAUUGAAAAUGACGAGGUUUUGAAUGACGAAUGCUAUUUUGCUUGCCGUUUUCUCGAAGCUAUUAAAGAUGACUUAGAAGAAGAAGAUGAAUUCCAUAGAUUGAUUGCCAAAAGACAUCAAGCUGAUCUUUCGCAUAAUUAUAAAUCUCAAAUCACGAACCAUAAAAAUGAUUUGCUUUAUAAAGCAUAUUUAGAUCGAUGGUACAAGUCUUCCGAUCCCUCCAAGGUCUACCAAAUAAUUGCUUCAGACCUCAAGGCAACAGAUUUUAUGGUAAUCGCUGAAUCAAUCAAAACACACAAUAUCUAUGACUCAAACACAUGGAGAUUUGAAGUAGAAGGAGUUUUCAUUAACGUCAUCCCAGAAAUCCUUGCGGCUCGCUCCCUGGUUCUCUUUGAUUUAUUUAUCAAGGGCAACACCCUUACUUCUGAUGAUUUGUUCGUACAUGUUGAUCUCGAUAAGCAAGUUGUUUCAUUUUCGUCAGAUAUUCCUGUACUUGGGAUCCUUGUGUUAUUGCACUUUGCGUAUACUGAUGAAGAAAUUCAUCUAUGGGAGGAAUUCUCUAUAGGGGAGCAAGCUUCACUGUUGAUUCAGGCCACGAAGAAGUCUGUAUUAGUUUUGGGAAGAAUGUUCAAAAUGGUUAAUGUGGUGAACAAAUUCAAGUGUGAAGAACCUUUGAUUCAAUCAUUAGAUAAGUUGGUAACUAGGAACAAUGAGUUCAGACAAAUUCUUGACGCAAAAGUGGUUUUACAAGAUGGUGAAACAAUUUUUGUAUCGUCCAAUCUAUUGUCUUCCAGAUCCCAUUUUUUCCGCCGGUGUUUUGCAAACCAUUGGUCAAAGGAUGAUGAUGAUAGAACUGUGGAAUUUGAGCAUGUCAGCAAAACACAUUUUGAAGUAAUUUUAAGAUACUUGUAUGGUCAUAAUCCACUAAAUCUUUUUGAGUUCCAGGACCGGUACGAGCUUUUCAACUAUGUCUUUGAGUUGCUUGAUUUGUGUGAUGAAUGGCUUCUACUCGAUUUGAAGGAUUAUCUCCAAUACUAUAUUUGCGAGCUAAUUGAUUCCGAAAACGUAUCAUUAUUGAUCAGAUAUGCUCUUCAGCUUAAUGCCAAGCGAUUGUUCGAGCUGUGCUGUUGGUAUAUCUUUCACAAUAUGAUAGAUAUUUUAGUUAAUCACCGUGAUAUUUCUCAAAAAUAUUUAGACCAAUCGGUCUGCUUCAAAUUAGAUCGAUAUUUUAAGUUUUUCCUUACCUUACGAAGUGGUGUUGUGAAAGAUGUCGAUUAUUCAAUAAAUACUUACAAGUUCCGUCAUGCUAGGCAAAGGUUACAUCAGUUUAUAUUUGAUACAAAAUCAUUUAGUGAAAAUUACAUCGCGCCAGGAUCCAAAUUUGAGCCACUAAUCGAUUUGAAGCUUAAUAAAGGUAAACUUCCAAAAGUCAAACUAUCGACUCACGAACGUCAAAGACGCAAAAGUUCUAUGGACACAGGUAGUGCCAAUGUCAAUAUUAGAAAAUCGAGUGCCUCCUCUUUAAUAGGAAUAAAAGGGAUUGAUUUACUGGAUUAUACAUCAUUCACUGAUAGUUCUGCUAUUGAUGAUGGUGAAGAUGCCGAAAAUUUUGUUGUGGUAACCAGAAGAAGGAAAUCUUUGGCCAGAACUAGUAGUAGCAAUAUGAGGCGUCCCUCUUUCAUAAAUGGUAUUGGUGUUGGCGCUGAUGAAAUACCUGAAUUUGCUAAUCUAAUACAGCUGUCUCCGCCUUCUAAUCAUUUAUCAAAACAGGAAGCUUAUCGCUCAGGCGCGUCUUCUCCUAUUGGAAUUCCAAAAAGCUCACCUGCUCCUUCAUAUAGCUCUCAAAUUGGCUCAUCAUCUAGAAUAGCCGCUCAUGGUACAAGUUCACAAAUAACUAAAUCUACAAGCCUAAUAAAUUCAGAGAAACCUUCGAGUCUGGCGACGUCAUCAACUUAUUGGCCGACCCUUUCAACUGAGCAGAUGUCAGUGAAAGAAGGAAAGAAGAAAUUUAGUAAUAAUUUUGGCAAGAUUUCAAUGAUUAAGCACGAAGUGGCCAAGGAAACGAGAACCCCUGGAAAUCCUUGGUCGAAAUCUUCCAAUAGUGAAGAAAAACCUUCUAAUAAAAAAUCUGUAACUAUUGGAGGAAAAGGAAUCAACACCAAGGUUGGCACUUCUGCUGCUCCGGUAAUUCUCUCAUAUGCCAAGCCUAAGAAGAACGAAGAAGAAUUCCCAUUAUUGGGUGGCAGCGUGUCAAAAGACAAUGGGAAAUUAAAUUUGGCGGAUAUUAUUCUUCAAGAGAGUUUGAAAAAGGAAGCCAAGUUAGAAAAAGAGGCAUCCAGAAGAACCUUAGCUGAAAUCCAACAGGAAGAAGAAUUUAAUAAAUGGUUUGAGGAGGAAUCCAAAAGAGUACAAGAUGAAUUGAGUGCUUUUGAGAAUAAUGUGAAAACAAAGGACAAAAAGAAGUUGAGUAAACCAGAUAAUGUGGGUGGUCUGAAGGCAGACAAAAACAAAAAGGUUAUCAAUAAUAAGAAAAAUCAUUCACAAAAGAAGAAAACCGCAUCGGUUGUGGACCAGAAGAAAAAUCCGGGCAAAGAUAACAUGACUGAUGACCAAAAGAGUGAGGCAAAGACAAAGAAGAAACAUGCCAAUGGUGAACAGAAGAAGGAUACAACUGCUGAGCUUGUGGAAAAGGGGAAGCAAAAAAAGAAGAGACCGCUGGAUAAGAGGAAAGGCAAAGAAGCAAUAAGUCCGACCACUGAAUCCUCUAAAGAGAAUGAUGGCAGACAGAAAAAGAAUGGAAAGCGGUCCACUGCAAACCUUAAAAGUGAAAAGAAAGACGAUUCCCUGAAGACAAUAGACAAAAAGCCUGCGACAGUCUUAUGA